UGUCCCUGCUUAUUUCUGAGAGUUCAUGGGAGCUGAGAUCUUGUGAAAAUUCUCACCUCUGGGUCUGCGCAGUGCUCAGAAUAAUGGAGGCCCUGAUCUCAGCCAGGGUCUGUGCAGCACGUGACAUAAUGGGGACCUUGAUAUCGGUCGGAGUAUAUGCAGCACCUGGCACAAUGGGGUCCCGAUCUCGGUCAGGGUUUCUACGCACUAUACUACAAAUAAUAAAUAAUGAUUAAAGCCAAAGAACUUCCGUUUUUCCCACACUGCCUCUGCCUCAUUCAGUGCAUGGGUUGGAUACACAAAGGGGCAGAGUUAAGGUUCCAUGGGCCACCAUAAAUGUGCUUUUUCCUAACUUUUGAGGGCUUGACACAGCGCUGUCAGCGCAGGAUUUUCCAGGGGAAGCCUUGACUAGGAGCUGAAAUGUUUCUUCUUCUCUGCCGCAGACUGAGCACCAUGGCUCUCGAUGGGUUCAGAACUGCUAUCCUUCAUGGGAACCUGGCAGAUGCGAUUUCUAUUGUGCAACAGAGAACACCACAGUCGUUUAACAGCCACACCCUCAGCAUUGCUGUUACGGGGGAAUCAGGCUCCGGGAAGUCCUCCCUCAUCAACGCCAUGUUGGGGCGACGUGCCGGUGAAGAAGGCGCCGCUGAAACUGGGAUGCUCGAUACCAUGACGGAGCCGAUGGCUUAUCCAGAUCCCUUCCUUCCAGGCAUCACGCUCUGGGACAUGCCAGGGAUGGGGACAUCCUAUUUCCCUCUAAACACCUACUGCGAGCAGCUCAAUUUGAGCCGAUUCGAUUUCUUCAUUAUUGUCGGCUCCCAGCGCUUCCGUUCCGAACACGCCAGGCUGGUCCGUGAGAUCCAGAGAAUGGGCAAGAGGUUCUACUUUGUGCGCUCCAAAGCCGACAUGGACCUGGACGCUUCCAGGAGGCAGCGUCCCUCCAGCUACAAUGAGGAGAGGAUUCUGGAGCAGAUCAGGAAGGACUGCAGGGGAGGCAUAGCAGCUGAAGGAGUGGGUCACCCAAAAGUUUUUGUCGUGUCCAGCUGGGAACCCAACCGCUAUGAUUUCCCCCUCCUGCAGCAAACUUUGCAGACGGAGCCGCAGCACCUGAAGAGACACGCCUUCCUGCUUAGCCUGCCUGCUGUCGCUUCGUCCAUCAUCAAUGAGAAAAAAGCCUCCCUGAAGGGGAAGAUUUGGAAAACAGCCCUUUUCUCAUGUCUUCUUGCUGCCAUUCCUGUCCCAGGCCUCGCUUUCUUGUGCACUUUCUUCAGCUUCAGGAAACACCUCUUCCAAUACUACAGCAGCUUCGGGGUGGAUGACAGGGCCCUCUCUGCUCUCGCCCGGCAGGUUGGGAAACCCGUGUGGGAGCUGACAGCUGUGAUGACUUCUUUGGGAACGACCCCUAUGACAGCUCUGAAGCUGUUGUCGGAUUCGGUGGGGGCUGCCGUGAUGGUAGCGGAAUAUUCAUGGAAGCACUUCCCUGUAUUUGGUGCCAUGGUGUCUGGAGGGGUGGCGCUGGUUACCACGUCCUUCAUGCUACGGAAGUGUUUGGCCUCUGUAGCUGACGACACCCAGCGGGUUCUGAGCAAAGCUCUGGAAGCAGAAAGGGAAAAAGCCAGCUAGGAUUUGGUGUUGCGUUGGCUGAGCCUGCUGCUGUCUAGAAGAUACAGCCUCGGACUUCAAGCAGGGAAGAUUCGUGCUUCUCCAUUCAGGAGUUGCAUGUGUAGGCCAAAAACCUAGUGGGAAGAAAUUGUCUCAAGUAAAAUUUUGCUUCUUUUGCCUUAUUCUCCAUUUUGCCAGCUUUGAAUUAGUACAAAGAAAUAGUUCUGAGUUUAUUUUUUGCUGAUUGUGUUAACAUUUGUUCUUAGACGGGUAGAAGUUUUAUGGCCGUUAAUUGCCUUAUUUACUCUUUGGUGUGAGUGAAGAAUGGAUGGUAAUUAACUGAGAAAGGACAACUGGGCCAGAUGGUCAAGAAGGGAGUGGAGGUAGGGUGACCAGACAGCAAGUGUGAAAAAUCAGGACAGGGGGUGGGGGUAGUAGGAGCCUAUAUAAGAAAAAGACCCAGAAAUCGGGACUGUCCCUAUAAAAUCGGAACAUCUGGUCACCCUAAGUGGAGGAGUCGAUAGACACUAACUUUAGGAUCAAUCACUCGGAUGGCAGAUUGAGGGCCCUAAAGCAAAGGCAGACGCCCCAAGGACGAGACAAGGAGUUGAGCCACAGGGACGAGAUAAGAAACAGCUGUGGAUCCUUCCAGGAACAACUCAAAAUAACACUAAUUAAGAGCAACCCUUGAAUUCCUUGUGAUUGACAGCCCCGGUGUGACACAGCAGGUUCCGUAGACUUGUCUGGGAACUUAUCACUCUAAAAGACGGGUGUAUUGCCAUGGGACUUUGGGUUCGUUCUGCAUCAACAUCGGAGCUUCGAACACAUUUGACCAGCUCCCCUCCCUUGUGUGCAGGUUCAGCAGGCCACUGGGACUGACCGAGCAACACCAAGGACUGGUAAGUGUGUGUGUGUGUGUGUGUGUGAAUGGAAGCAUAUGCUGACUUUAAUACUUAAAUUGUACUCUCAAUAAACGCAGCAUGUUGCCUUAUCCCCUUUAAAAGAUUCUGUGUGAUUCCUAUAAACAUAACACAUGUUCAGACCCCAUAAACCAUCUGGGGCGUCGUUGCACACCAGUCAAAGUGCCCAUAAUGAAGGAGACAGGCUCAGCGACAGCUCAACACUCCUGAGGUUUUACCCCACAAGGAAUGAGGCAGCUUCCUUCGGGACAUUCAUACAACAAAAAUAAAAUUAUAGUAAUCGGGUUCUAUCAAGGUCAGUCUUACUGGGCUCCUCCAUCACUUCGGUAUCUGAGCACCUUACAAACAUGAAUAGACCAGAUCCCCUCACUGGGGCAAACCAGCUGUCACUCCAUUGGAGUGAGUGGAGCCAGACCCCAGCUAGGGUCAAUCAGCCAUAGCUCCAUUGGGGUCAGUGGGGUGAGAUCCCAGCUGGGGUCUAUCAGCUGUAGCUCCAUUGGAGUCAGUGGGGGCAGAUCCCAGCUGGGGUCA